AAAUUUGUCUGGAAACUGAACUUUCUUCUUGAUAUCGAAAAGAAAAAGUAAUUGAAAGAAACUCAAGCCUAGGGAAACCAAGGUAGGAGAUGCAGGGGAUCGAGUUUGUAUUUUAUGGUGGUUAUAAAUUAAGACUUGUGGCACAGAGUUAAGUGUUGUUGAAAUUGAUUCCUCGACCGUCUCCCAAAACUGGUGCAGUCCCUGAAAUUUCUUUUAUCCAAAAAUUUGGAAGAGGUAAAUCCACGAAGAUUUCAUAUAUUUAAAUAUUACUGAACCAUGAUUACAGAGAGGUGACGUUUCGCCGCACAAAUAUUAAAAAUUCGUCAGUGGAUUUCACAAAGGUCUUAAGCUUGAGCAGCAACGUUUUUGAGCGACGCACGUCAACCGAAAGUGAGCCUUUUUCUCUUUCAAUUUGCUUUAGCACUACCAAAUUUGUAAGUUUCUUUACUCUUAUAGAGACGAUUUGCCCAAAAGUUUGUUCAAAAUAACAGUUUGAGGGUGCAAAAAAAUCCACUUCCGGUUGACGCGCGUCGCUCAAAAACGUCGCUACUUAAAACUCCGUUGUAUGUCAAAUGAACUGUGGUUCGAUUUCAUCCUUGGUUUUAAUUUCCUUUCGGGUUUAGAGAAGGUAUUUUCUGAAAAUGGGUUUGAAAAAUAUUAGAAAAAAAUUCAAUCAAUAUUGAAAGCGUAACAACAAGAUAUAUAUUGGUGUACAUCAGGAUGUUAUGAUUUUUUCAUUCAGGCAAUCCGGUCCUUUCACUGCGUUAUGUGUAAAUAGUAAGUUGGGCUUUCGCUCAUGGCACAUCGCUGUGGUCACACUACAGAUUGCUAUUUGGUAGUGCAACAUGUGAAAAGCGGAGUCAUUUGUUUCUUCCGGCUUCUUUUCAAAAAAUUAGGCUAGCAUUUAUUCGGGAGCCUGUUGUUUUUAAUAAAACAAUUAUUCCAGUCGCGCGACGCGCUUUAGUUGGUUCAGCGCUUCCUCAACGAGCGCUACAGGGAAUAUUGCGCAAUAACUUGGUAUAAUGACACGACUAUAAAACAUCUGAUAGGGCAUUCUUUAUGCAGGCAGGGGUUUUGACUAAAGAUCGAGGAGACAAAUAAUAAACAAAAAGAUCUAGGGAGAAACCACAACUGAACAGCACAAAACACAAAUUAAAUAAACAACAGCAGCUUUGAUUCUAGUCCAACCUGUGUGAAUAAUUACUCUAAAAGUGGUCAGUUACUGAGUCUAAGUUCCAUAAAAUCAGUCCUAAUGGAUUGAUUUUAUCAUGGUUGAUAGCCAUUCCGCAAGGGUAACUGCUUUUAAAAUGAAUGUUUGAAUGACGAAAAAAUGAAAUAUAGCCGUUAAAGUCAGUACAAAACUAACCUUGAUUGACAGCCGCUGAACUGAAGCUGAGCUAGCUGGUCUUUUUCUUAGUAAACCUUCCCGGCGAUGGGGCCGUAUUUUGUGCCAGAUGAAUUCUUACACCCUCCUCCACCAGGCCACUUAGAGAGAGUCCUGUAUUUAAAACAUAUUGAUAUUCGUGGAAGACGUGUGCAGCCGCCAAUCAGAUAUGACAGAGUAGAGGGUGGAUGCCUCUUUCUGGAGUACCUGAUAUCUACAGACGGACCUCAGGUAAGGAAACUCUGUACAUCAUGUGCAAUGGAGCAACAGUUUAGGCACACCGGGUGUCCGAAUUGUGACAUUUAGGAGUUCACGGACAUUCCAAAGUCAAAUAGCAUGCAUUUAAAAAAUUCUUUCCUUCUCCUUUUUUUUCCUGUGAGUUUCUCAUGGAAUCAAUAAUUCAAAUUAAUUAAUCCGCCAUAAAGUUACAACAAAAAACUGACAGGGUUAAUCCAUAUGUAUGAAUUUAUUAGCGCCUUAUACGCCACAACACUUGUUUUUAAUUCGGUUGCUGAGUAAUUUUGGUUCCUAUCCGAUGUCUGGAAAUAUUUCCCCUUUCUCCUUUUAACCUCUGGCAGCCUGGCCGCAGUUGUUCAAAAUUAAAGGUUAAAAAUCGCUAAAUGUCUGAGCAGUGGAUAACACAUGUACAGUUGUUAUUUGUGGCAGUUAUCCACUAGAUGUAUUAAUAGUGAUCAGGAGCCCAUCAAAUUUGAUGGGCUCCUGUAGUGAUUUGUCCAUCGGAAAAAAGAAAGCACAAAACACUAACCGUUAUGGUUUGAACUGGGUCCUCAUUGAGGGAAGGCGAGAGAUUAGCCAUGGUCACCUUUAAGAGACUAUGUGACUCCGUCUCAAUAGGUGGUCGACAGACUCAUGACAGUGGCUUUUAAGCAGGGAAGAGGAGCGGACUCGAAGGGUGCUUCUCAAGAAAUCUUGAAGCGCGGGAUCGUCUUUAGCGGAGAAAUGUACCGAUUUCUAGGUCAUUCUAACUCACAGCUUAAAGAGAAAACCUGCUUUUUGAUGAAUGCAUCCGACGAAGACAUCUACGAUCUACUCACAAAGUUUGGAAAAUUUUCCAAGAUCAAGACGGCAGCUAAGCGUGCAAAGAGGUACCCUGCUGGAUUGAUAAGUUUAUAAAAUAGCAGUGGAAGAUGUUUGUGCGAUUGUAAGAAAUUAUGUGUAUACGACAUCCUUCUCCACCCACUGUACUUGUAAAUAUCAAUUUAUCCGCGAUGCAUACAGAAAAGGGUUUUGCCUGUUAUAAAUGAAUGUUACAGUAUAUGUUAUAUAGUUGCAUGAUAUGUGUAAGUUAUAGACCGAAAUUUAAAAACAAAAAUUUUGAGUGCCGGUUUUUUAUCUUUCAGUAUUAACCUGUAUCGUUGAAUAUCGCAGACUAUUGUCUCAGGGGCACCCAACGGCAAUUUUCGGGAAAAUAUCUGCUCGGAGGACGAUUUGAGAACUAGAAUUUUCGGAACAUUUGUUGUAAAAUUUCUUGCUUGCCUGCCUCUCCUAGGAUUUUCGAACAUCUACAAAAUGGUAUAAUUAUCCAUUUUAAACGGAUAUUUACCCUAAAAAAGGCCACCUAGAAUUUUCGGAAGCCUUUUCCUGGCUGAAAUUUUCGAAAAGGUAAGUUUUGAUCCCUAUAAUUUUCGGAUCACUAGACUUUCAGCUACGAAAUCCGAACAGAUGAAAAGUUUUUAGGGGAUAACAAUAUGCCUAUAUCUACCGUUUAAAAACUAAAAUGCGUUCAACAAUGCUAUGUUAAGUGGUUUGGAACUAUAUCCUCGUUGGGUGCCCCUGUUGUCUACAUUAUGCAAGUACUCGGCCUAACGUUGCCGAUUUUUUGUCAUGUGCUUAUGUUAUCACGAGCGGGAUAAAGAAUUUUUAAUAUGAACAGGGUUUAUAAGUCUCUUUAUUAAAGAAAACUGAUGGCAAGUUAGCAAACGGUUUUCGAAAUUUGUUCUUCAGAUUUAAAGGGACGUUGUAUUGCUUCCAUUAGCACACCUGUAGGACAAUGUAAUACCUGUUUUGACACAGGCUAAUUCUUUUUGACAUUUUCUGAUCAUUUGAUAAACAAGCCAUACAUUUUUAAAUUAAUGCGACACUGCUGCACUCCAUCAUAGCAACAUGUGUGUGAUACUAAAACGUCAAGACUGAAUUGCUUGUAAUGUCGUUAUUACUCCGUUUAUAGGAUUGGACUUUUGUUUUCCACGUUUGAUCAGAGUAUUAGUUUGGCAGAGGAUGAAUAUGAAAUAAUAGAAGACGUGAAACGAAAUAGUUACAUCUUUACAGAUGGAUGUGGUCUUAUGUCUGAUGAGUUUGCGCAAAGGAUUCAGGAUGUACGAGGCCUGGAAGCUAAACCCUGUGUUGUGCAAGUUCGGUACCAGGGAUUUAAGGGCGUUCUUCUUCUCAGUCGACAAUUAGGAGAUGGCCAGGUCAAGGUUCAGUUUCGAGAAUCAAUGAAAAAGUUUACUAUCCCGGAUGAACGCAUGCGCCAAACGUGUAGCACGUUCGGUGUCGUGAAAUGUUCACGUCCGUACACCGUGGGUUAUUUGAACAAGCAAAUCAUUAUGCUCCUUGCUGACAGUGGGGUUGACCAUACCUGCCUUACCACGCUGCAGCGCAAUUUUCAUUCUGUGUUAAGGGAACUCGGUAUCCAUGCAGAGCCCACCGAGAAUUAUCUCCGAAUCAAAGGCGAGGACAAAUUGAUAGAACGGCUUCAUAAUUAUGGCUUGGAGAGCCACCGCCUACAAAAAGACCUGAAAAGUCUUCGUGCAAAAGAGAUAAAAAAGAUGCAGAAAGAAAAUAUCACUAAUGAAAGCAGUGGUGUUGAUGACGACGAAAGUGCCAGUCCCUCGCAGUCUUCAAAAUGCAAACUGAGGGUCCUGGUACACAGGUAGGUGCUGGUACCCAUACCUCCCCUUCCCUGCAACUCCAUUUAAGGUGCCACUGUUAGUCGUUAUUUUGUCGAAUUCCACUCCGGUGCUUAAUGGCGUUCAACUGACAUGUAAAAUUGCCUAUCGCCUUCCAGCACCCCUCUAUAUAUGAUCGAACAUAUACUGAAACUGACCACCGUCGUCUCAUUCUAGAUUCAAAAUGCCUGAUACUAGUUGGGUGCGCGCACUUGGGCUCACUGUGUACUUUGUUUGCAAUAACUGUGGUUAAUACUUUGCACGAUAAGUUUAUAUAUGGCCCUUCAGUUUGGACUGUGAGCAUAGACUGAGCAGCACGAGCACGACUGCUUAAAUCUUUGCGGGCUUUGUAGAUGAUCGCUUGUUAAACAAUUCUUUUCACUGUGACGGGACAGAUAUGGCGAUGACUUAACCUUCGAUCUACCACUCAGCUAUCUCGAAGGUUAUAAUUAAGAUUUCCAAAACAUGAUUGGAUUGGCUUAUUUUUUACAGAUCAAGACUGGUGUUUGGUGUUUGUGAUCCCCUUAACCAGCUUCAGUAUGGCGAGUGUGUUUUCCAGCCAACUUUAUUUGAUGAAGUGCAGCAUUCAGAAUUCCAAGUAGCGCAAGAAGUGAUGGUUGUUCGUAAUCCGUGUUACCACCCCGGUGACAUACGUGUCUUGAGACUCGUCAAGGACAACCCACAAUACGCACAUCUAAGCGACUGUAUUGUGUUUCCAACGAGAGGACCCCGCCCGCACGCUGACGAAUCUUCAGGAGGGGACCUUGAUGGCGACGAGUUUUUCGUCAGUUGGGACCCAGAUCUGAUUCCCAGAUGGCGUCCUAAUCCGUUUGACUACUCGUCUAACAGCCCACUAAACGUCAUUCCAGACACAAUAAAGAAGGUACCGAGAUAGCUAAAGGCUUCUACAGUCCACGAUUAGUUUUAGUCUCGCAUCCUCUAUGAAAAUUGAAGCCUACUUAGUCUAAGUGUAGAGCCCAUCCGCCCUCUUCCCCCCCAUUCUGCCCUACCUCGAGCUGUAAGUUUAAAGGAAGCUUACUCUGAUUAGUUAAAAGCAUGAAAACCAAAGUAACAGAAAACUCAGACCUUCAAUUAACUACGGUUAUUUCUUGGACAACCAUUGUUAGCUCUACCAUUCCUCUCGAUUACAUUAAUUUCAUCUUGCAAAAUCCAGUUGCAAGUUAAUUAUCCGGGAAGUAGUGAAAUUUGAUGAUACCUGGAAGGCUCUGGGGCCCUAUCACGAUGGGACUUACUUAGUUUGUCUUAUUGAAAUACUGACGCACAGAUCAGGGUAAAUGUCCUGAUCGACCAUCCCCGACCGCGCAUGUCGUGGGAGAACUUCCGUGCGGUUCCCAGCCAACAGCUACCACAUGUGUUGUGUGGAGCUGGUGCUUAAAGGAGUGCGGCUUCACGUACUCUCCUCGGCAGUAAAGAGUCUUUGAAAUACAGGUUCGCCUGUUUAUAGAUCUGAUGGCAAGGGCGAAACAGCUGUCCAUGGCUUCCACUGGCCGGAUGAUAUGGCUGUGUGCAUGCGUAAGGUACUGGCCAGGCCGCGGGUUGGUGCAGUUGUGCCCCUUACAUUUGUCUUGUCUUGACUUGCCUCAGUUUGUCCUAACUAUCACGAUGACUAUUAUUAUUGUAUGCCUUCUUUCAGUACCUGGAACAUGUUGCCAGCUCAGUAGAACAGGGUGUGUCUGCCUGGAGUCAUAAAUUACUACCAUCACUGUUUGGAACACCGCAGGAAGCAGAAAAGGAAAGAAAUAAGAGGGAGCGACUGCACAUGCUCAAGUAUUUCACUAACUUCAACAACGAUCUGGUUGGAAGGGUGGAUGCCAUAUUCAUGAAGUACGCAGCAUUGUAUGGGCCUUCUUGUCGUGAGUGUGUUUAUUUAAAUAGGUAAGCAAGUCACGUAUACUUUUCUCCCCUCUGUAAAAUAGAACUGAAUCAAAUUCUCAUGGGCUGUCAGUCAUUAGCGAAGAACAAACGCCUUGGAAAGGAAAGGUUAAAAGGCAUAUGAGUCAGUGUUGGUAUUCUGCUAUAGUUCACUUGCAUUGCUGCCAGAAUAAUAGCUACUGGCAGUUAAUAGUGCCAUAUGAAUAAGGCCGCUUCGUGAUGGUCCCUUUUUCUCAGUCGAUUUAGGUCACUGGAACAAAAAUGCCAUUUACGAAUUGCCCAAACUCUGUUUCCAAACGACGCUAAGUGCAACUGAAGCCUUUGAUAUGAAAAUAAUUUUUAAUUUUCAUGCAAAUAAAACUCAUUUUCACAACAAAGGUUUUGAAAUUAGCCUCGUUUUGGUAUUGAAACUCGUAAAUGGCCCAUUAGAUUAAGAGUCGAAUAUAAUUACCCUUGAGUGUUAGGUUAUACACUUAAAAAAUUAAAUGAGGCCUUCAAAACAUCACCAUAGACACUCAGUAUCACAGUCAAAAUAUUCUACUAAGCCUUUUCUCUUUGUUUGAUCAACCCUUACGGUAGUCUUUUCCACAUCUUUAUUUAUUCAUAUUUCUACGAACUUGACGAUCGCGAUCUUUUAAUCCGAAGUUGAGAUAAGUUUGUUCUUACACGUUGUUAGCAUUGCUUUAAAAACCUUUGCAUCAGUGUCGGAAACAACCGUCUUUUUCUGUAACAGGUUCUUUUCUGACGCCGUGGAUAUGCUUGCGGAGAAACAAAGCGUCAUUGCCGAGCUUUGCGAGUUAGAGCGUGAGUACAAAAGAAUAGAACGCAAUCCACCAGACCGCAGCCCAAACGCUCUCGGGCAGCUUCUUGGGUUGAUCGUUAAACAGAAGCCGCCAUUCCGACGAGGUGAUGACGUGUGGACACGCAUGGAGGAAACGACACGAUUAUUUGUGGAGGAAAUGACAGGAAGAUCCUAACUGAUCCACUGGAAACAGUUUUAAGAGACGUUACAACCGACUACUAUCAAUUUGUAAGUUAAGCCGAAAGUUGGCCAGAAUAUUACCCGACGACUACUAGUCUUGAAUUGGAUACAGACUUUACGGCUAUCGGUUAAUUUUUUUCAGUUACUAUUAACCAAAAAGUUAAAAAUUAAUUUCUAUUGUUUCAAAGAGUUAAAUAUCAAUAAACCUGUAUUUUUUGUAUCUUCCAGCAAAAUAAAGGUCUUAGGAUCAUCUCGGG